GGCAAUAAGAAAUAUUUCAAACGCAGUGAGUUAGCUAAAAAGGAAGAGGAGGCCUACUUCCAGAGAUGUGGCUACAAGCCUGUAAAUGAGAAGCCACCUGGAGAGGUACAGCAGCAGGAAGAGGAGGAGAAACCUCUGGCUACAUCAAAUCCAGUGCUGGAACUCGAACUGGCAGAGGAAAAGUUACCAAUGACUCUUUCCAGACAGGAGGUUAUCAGGAGGUUACGAGAGAGGGGUGAGCCCAUCAGGCUCUUUGGAGAAACAGAUUAUGAUGCAUUUCAACGUCUGAGGAAGAUAGAAAUUCUUGCACCUGAAGUGAACAAGGGCUUGAGAAAUGACCUGAAGGCUGCUUUGGAUAAGAUUGAUCAGCAGUAUCUGAAUGAAAUUGUGGGUGGCCAAGAAGCAGGAGAUGAUGACUCCCAGAAUGACCUGAAGGUCCAUGAGGAGAAUACUACUAUUGAAGAGCUAGAGGCUUUGGGAGAAUCCCUAGGACGGGGUGAUGAUCACUAUGAUAUGGACAUCAUAACCAAGUUCUUGAAGUUCCUCCUGGGAGUGUGGGCCAAGGAGCUGAAUGCCAGGGAGGAUUACGUGAAGCGGGGCGUGCAGGGGAAGCUGAACAGCGCCACCCAGAAACAGACCGAGUCCUACCUGCGGCCGCUCUUCAGGAAGCUCCGCAAAAGGACACUUCCUGCAGACAUCAAAGAAUCAAUAACAGAUAUUAUUAAAUUUAUGUUGCAAAGAGAAUAUGUGAAGGCCAACGAUGCCUACCUGCAGAUGGCCAUUGGCAACGCCCCCUGGCCCAUCGGCGUCACCAUGGUCGGCAUCCACGCGCGCACGGGCCGCGAGAAGAUCUUCUCCAAGCACGUGGCCCACGUGCUCAACGAUGAAACUCAGAGGAAAUACAUCCAGGGGCUGAAGAGGCUCAUGACCAUUUGCCAGAAGCACUUCCCAACAGACCCCUCCAAAUGUGUGGAGUACAACGCUCUGUGAGGCUCUGCUGGGACUCAUUUUGGGCUCCAGCACCCAGAGAGGAUGAAGAGGCAAACUCUGAGCCUGAACACCAACAAGAACUUGGAGUGGGCUUUGCCAAAAAAGCAGAAAGGAGGAUUUUAUUUUUUUUUUUUUACAGCUUCCUUUUUCCAAGCCCCAUUUAUUUAGGUUUAUUUUGAAAUCUGUGCUUUUUGCUGAACACAUCCAAUGUACAGCAGAGGGAUGGGUUUUGAAGAUUUUAAGACCAAGACAAUGACCAAGGGACAAUGCACAUGACAACUGCUUUUAUUUCAGUUUGUUAUUCAGGGAACUGUGCAAAUUGAAUUGUUUCCCAUAUUUUAGAGCUUUAGAUGAGUCUCAGCCCUGCAAGGAGCAUAUGUGGAGCUUUUUUUGGCUGCUUUUCCAUUGGAGACUGAUGUGGGGAGAUGAUUAGAGGGAAGCAGUUGAAUCUGAAUCUUGGUUAUUUCUGUAAAUAUAAAGACUUUAUUGGUUAAUCUUUCAUGUGGUAUUUAUCAGGAAUAAAAAAAAAAGGUUUAUAUAUUUCUCAGCCUCAGUGCAAAGA